AUGUCCAAUAAUCAUAAUAUUGUUCAUCAAGCAAAUGGUGUAAAAAUAAGAGAAACUCCAAAAGAAUUUUUCAAUAGACAACCAAAUCAAGCUCAUAUCAAAGAUUUACAACAUUAUCAUGAAUUAUAUAAACAAUCAAUUGAAGAUCCUGAAGGAUUUUUUGGACCAUUAGCAAAAGAAUUAUUAAGUUGGGAUAAAGAAUUUUCAACUAUAAGAAAUGGUUCAUUAAAAAAUGGAGAUGCUGCAUGGUUUUUAGGAGGUCAAUUGAAUGCUUCAUAUAAUUGUGUUGAUAGACAUGCUUUUAAAAAUCCAAAUAAACCUGCUUUAAUAUAUGAAGCUGAUGAAGAUUCUGAUUCAUAUAUUGUUACAUAUGGAGAAUUAUUAAGAGAAGUUUCAAAAGUUGCAGGAGUUUUAAAAAGUUGGGGUAUUGGAAAAGGAGAUACUGUAGCAGUUUAUUUACCAAUGUCACCACAAGCUAUUAUUGCAAUAUUAGCUAUUGUAAGAUUAGGUGCAUCUCAUUCAGUAAUAUUUGCAGGUUUUUCAUCUGGAUCAAUAAAAGAUAGAGUAAAUGAUGCUCAAUGUAAAGCUUUAAUUACAUGUGAUGAAGGUAAAAGAGGUGGUAAAACAGUAAAUAUAAAAAAAUUAUGUGAUGAAGCACUUUUAAAUUGUCCAACUGUUAAAAAUGUUUUAGUUUUUAAAAGAACAAAUAAUCCAGAUAUUAUAUUAAAAGAAGGUAGAGACUUUUAUUGGGAUGAAGAAACUGCAAAAUUUCCUGGUUAUUUACCACCAACUCCUGUAAAUUCAGAAGAUCCAUUAUUUUUAUUAUAUACUUCAGGUUCAACAGGAACACCAAAGGGAGUUGUUCAUACAACUGCAGGAUUUUUAUUAGGUGCAGCAUUAACUACAAAAUAUAUUUUCGAUGUUCAUGAAGAAGAUAUAUUUUUCACUGCAGGUGAUGUUGGUUGGAUUACUGGUCAUACUUAUGCAGUAUAUGGACCAUUAUUAUUAGGUGUUCCAUCAGUUAUAUUUGAAGGUACUCCUGCAUAUCCAGAUUUUGGUAGAUUUUGGCAUAUAGUUGAAAAACAAAAAGUUACUCAUUUUUAUGUUGCCCCCACAGCUUUAAGAUUAUUAAGAAAAUCAGGUGAAGAAGAAAUUAAAAAAUAUGAUUUAUCUUCUUUAAGAACUUUAGGUUCAGUUGGUGAACCUAUUUCUCCUGAUAUUUGGGAAUGGUAUAAUGAACAUGUUGGUAAAAAUGAAUGUCAUAUUUCAGAUACUUAUUGGCAAACAGAAUCUGGUUCUCAUUUAAUUGCACCUAUAGCUGGUGUUACUCCGAAUAAACCAGGUUCUGCAUCAUAUCCAUUUUUUGGAAUUCAAUUAGGAAUAAUUGAUCCAGUAAGUGGUGUUGAAAUUGAAGGUAAUGAUGUUGAAGGUGUUUUAGUUAUAAAAGAUCAUUGGCCAUCAAUGGCAAGAACAGUUUAUAAAAAUCAUCAAAAAUAUAUGGACACUUAUAUGAAUCCUUAUCCAGGAUAUUAUUUUACAGGUGAUGGAGCAGCAAGAGAUCAUGAUGGUUAUUAUUGGAUAAGAGGUAGAGUAGAUGAUGUUGUAAAUGUAAGUGGACAUAGAUUAUCAACUGCAGAAAUUGAAGCUGCAUUAAUAGAAGAUACAAGAGUAAGUGAAUCAGCAGUUGUUGGUAUAAAUGAUGAUUUAACAGGUCAAGCAGUUAUUGCUUUCGUUGCAUUAAAAGAACAACCAAAACCAGAAGAUGAAUUAAAUGUAAGAAAAGAAUUAAUUUUACAAGUUAGAAGAAAUAUAGGACCAUUUGCUGCACCAAAAUCUGUAAUUAUAGUACAUGAUUUACCAAAAACAAGAUCAGGUAAAAUUAUGAGAAGAAUUUUAAGAAAAAUAAGUUCAAAUGAAGCUGAUCAAUUAGGUGAUAUAACAACUUUAAUGAAUCCUCAAUCUGUUGCAAGUAUUAUAGAAUCUUUUGAAUCACAAUUUGGUAAAAAAUAA